AACCCCGUCCUCGAGACUCGAGAGUAAGGGUGAAGCGGAGUUGCGAAAAGGGGCGAAAAUGCAGUGCACAAGCUCAGCCUCAACAUGGUCUCUAUCACCAUCGACUUCUUACCAUUAUCAAAAUCAACGCUUGUUAACAUCCAGAAAGCCGCCGUUUGUGUCGGUUAGCCCUUUUUUCCAGCUUCCUUCUCCUGGAUUACCCAUUUCAAUAUCAUUACGGGUCAGGGUCAGGGCAUUUGAUAAAACAGAGAAUGAGAAUAAGAAGAAAUCUGAAGAAGUAGAAGUAGAAGAAGAAGAAGAAGAAGUUCCAUGGAUACAAGAGAAAGCUUUGGACUUGGUUGAAUUUAGUGGUUCAGUUACACAGGCUAUUCCUGGACCAAGAGUUGGGCAAACCUCUUUGCCUUGGUUUCUUGCUGUGCCUUUAGCUUAUCUUGGUAUAACUUUUGUUUUAAGUUUUAUCAAGGUUCUUAAAAAGAUGAAUUCCCCUAGACAACGCCGCCGUAAUUUGAUUAACAAAAAUGCUUCAUUGAACAAGACAAUUGAUGAACUCUUUGAGAAAGGCAGAGAUACAAUUCAAUAUUCAGCUUUGGAGGAUAUUCAGAAGAAGACAGGUUUUUCCAUGGAGGAUAUUGUGAGGAAGUACAUACGUUAUGCAUUGAAUGAUAAACCAUUCAACGGAGACACAGUUGCAGACUUAAUUCAACUAAGGAAAGCCUCAAUGUUGACUGAUUCCCAGGUUGCUGAAGUUUUAAAUGAGAUAUCAAGACGAAUUGUGAAGGACAAAGGCCCUGUUGUCAUGGACGCUUCAGGUUAUACUGAAAGGGGUUUUAAGAGAAAGCUAGCAGUACAAGCACUUUUUGGAAAGGUUUUCUAUUUAUCUGAGCUUCCGGAGUUCUGUUCAAGGGACGGCUCUUUAAUUGUGAAGGAAAUCUUUGGAGUUACAGAUGAAGACGCAGACACGCUACGUAUACACACACUCUCUCAAUCUGGAGACAUGGAAGCUCUUGAAAAGAUGAUUGGAUCUGAUUCAGAAGUUGAUGUUGAUACUUAAAACAUAAAUGAAUCUGCUCGACCUGCAUUUUGAUUUCAUACUACAGCGCUGUCACAAUUUUGCGGUUCCUUUCUCUUUUUUUAUGAUCAAUUUUAGCUAUCAGGUUGAGUAGUUUGAUUUUUGUUUUGUUUGAAGGAGUUACUUCUGCCCCCAUUAUCUUUCCUUGUUAUUUCAUUCUAGGUCACUGCCAAUUUGGCCCCUUUGUGGUUGUAACUUGUUAAAUACUAGUUGAUGUGCAGGCAACUUAUGCAUGCACCUCGGCCUUCAAGAUAUAAGUGUUUGUCUAAUUAAGUUUAACAGUUGAUAAUGGAGGCAAAGUAAAUGAUUAGUGUACGAUGGGCGAUAAGGCAAUUAGGAAGAGCAUAUGUAAUAGAAUAAUCUAUUAAAAAUAACCUUGAAAUUUAGGUAAUUUGUAAAUUAUAGCCGUAAAUUUUAAAAUAUCAUUAAAAUUUGGUCAUCA